AUGGCGGUGAAGCAGGAAUCAAGUCAACAGCUCAGCGUGCUGCUUCUCGGCGAAGGCAACUUCUCGUUUGCUGGAGCUUUGACUGCGAUGUGUCGCUUGUGCCAACCCACUGGUAGAGAUGCUCGGGUAAACAAGAAUGCAGAUUCCGAAGGAUGUGCUUCAAACACUGCCCUACAUCAGACAGAUCGAAAUGCAUUAGUACGACCGGAUAUAUCUAUGACACACGAACGCGCUAGGGAGGACACGUUUAAUAGAACAAAGACAAAACAAAACGUCACGUUAGACAGUGGAUUAUAUGCAAGGGAAGGUGCUGAGAGUUUUUUAUCUUCAAAAGCACAAACGCUUGUGACACAGCACAAGCAGGAAGACAUUAAAGUGAAUAAAAUCGAAGAUCUUAUAUUGUUGUCCGGUGCAGUGUUACCGGAGGCUAAGAGUGCACUGGCACAAAGGGCCUGCGCGUAUUUACGGUGGAGUGAAGUUGACGGCGGUAUUAAACUCAUAGCGUCCUCGUAUGAUUCAAUGGAGGAAGUACAAAGGCUAUACCCCGAGAGUGUGCCGAUCCUUAAGCGAUUGAAUGAGUAUAGCAGCUCGCCAUUGUGUACGGUCAUGCAUGAGGUCGACGCGCUACGGCUUUGCGAAGCAUUCCCUGACGAGAAAUUCGACCGCAUCAUCUGGAAUCACCCACAUCUAGGUGUGGAGGACUUCCGCGCUCACCAGGCCGCCAUGGCUCACUUCUUCGACAGCUGUAAGGCAUGCCUGCGCGAAAACGGCCUGGUUUAUAUCAGCCUAGUGCAGGGACAACAUGAAAGGUGGCGGGUUCUCGAUAGCGCGGAUUGGAAUGACUUUGAACUAGUAGAAUCGCCUGCGUUGCGGGCAGGCGAGUUUCCAGGGUAUGAAGUCAGGAGGAAUAAAACAGGGGCCACUUUUAAGGCCACGUCCACACAGCGUAGACUGAACCAACCCAUGCAAAGCUACACGCACAUAUACCGAAGGAAAACAGCUCAUGUUACCAGCAGUGGGCAAAGCGACCCAGAGAUCAGUAGGAGUGUUGGGGAGUUAGAGGCCAAUGGGAGAGGUGUCGAGCAAACUGAUGCGUUACCGACAGAUUUGCCUGUGUCCGCCAUGGUAUCUUCGCCGGAAAGCAAAGUGGUAGUUUGCGAGAAUGCAAAGGUAAAUGGGGAUUCAAGAGCAUCAGUGUACAGGGCAUUGGUAGAAAGUGCGGUAGGUCAUAGUAAUAGUGAGGUAUCCGAUUCGGCGGGUAUACAGAAUAGCGAAGCAACCGCAGCCGCCACUACCUCAAAAUCCAUCUCGGCAAGGAGUCUGGAUCAACGCUCUACCUCGGUACAGAUAGAUUCAGUGGUACCCGAGAUAUCCCAUGGUGGUGAUAACGUUGAUAGUGCGGUGGUAAGUCCAGUAGUGAGUGAUCCGGGCCAGCAUGAUCUAGACCGAACAGAUAAGGUCCCGAAGCACAAAAAAAAGAAGAAAAGUAAAGCAGAACGGAAAGCGGAGACAGACGCGGCGGACAACGAACCACCCGGUGGCUACGUGUGUGAGAUCUGCGGCAAAGAAAUACCUUCCUCAAGGGGCCUGAAACAGCAUAUACAAUUCGUUCACGAGCAGCAGUUAUAUGGCAGUGAAUGGACACCGAAUAAACCGGCGGAUAUUAAAUGCGCUAAGUGUGAUAAUAUGUUCGCCUAUGAGAAAGAUCGCGACCAG